AUGUCCACGCUGCUCAAGUCCGCCAAGUCCAUCGCUCCCUUGUUGGAUCGUGUGUUGGUCCAAAGAAUUAAGGCCGAAGCUAAGACCGCUUCCGGGUUGUACCUGCCAGAAAAGAACAUUGAAAAAUUGAACCAGGCUACUGUUUUGGCCGUGGGACCCGGCUUCACGGAUGCCAACGGAAAUAAAGUUGUGCCACAGGUUUCCGUUGGCGACAGCGUUUUGAUUCCUCAAUUUGGUGGCUCUAGCAUCAAGCUGAAGGGCGAUGAGGAAGUUGUGUUGUUCCGCGAUAGCGAAAUCUUGGCCAAAAUAAAUGAAUAA